AACCAACAGCAGCGGAGCUCCUUUGUUUGCCUCCGUCUGAAUGGCUCUGUGCGCGCGCGCGCGUGUAUGUUCGUACGCGCACAUGUGACCACUGAAGGCGCUCGCUGGUAUUUAAGCACAUCGUCGAUCGAGGUGCUGAAGUGGACAGCUCCCGGACAAACGGCACCACCAUGGCUGGUUUUGGCUGCGCGCUCGUUAAUCCUUCCGAGCGCUGAUUGGAGAUCAGUUUGCACCCGGCUGGCUGCGUCCCAUUUCCCUGAAAUGAUGGACUCUGUUUAGAGAGACGGGGAGAGGGGAGAAGGCGCCGCGGAUGCUGGGGCACCUGUAGCUUGAGGUCUGCACAUCUCUGCGCCUCCGUUCAGCAGGAGACCCGUGGCUGGUCUGAUGUGCCGGGGGGAAGCUUAAAGGUAAUCUUAAAGGCUUUUAGGUGACGGAAGUAUUAUUAGUAAGCCGCUCUCAGUGCCUGCCUGCACACAGGAGGGAACAUGAUGGACAGAGAUGUGUUUUCUCUCACUUGUGUGGAUUUGUAGAGGACGCGCGCUUCCGUGGGAACUAAACUGAACCUAAGAGUCUUCUGCUUUUUGUUCCAUUUCUUGUUUUUCCUCCUAACAAAUCAUGGGGAAAGAGGAGUGCAAAACAAUGCUGGACGCUUUGAACAAAGUCACAGCCUGCUACAGGCACCUGGUCAUCGCCCUCGGGAGCACAUCGGACUCCCAGAACCUGCGCGAGGAGCUGAAGAAGACCCGCAAGAAGGCCCAGGAGCUGGCCGUGGCCAACAGGACUAAACUGACCUCCCUGCUGAAAGACAAAAGCAUCAGCAAGGACGACCGCGCCGAGUACGAGCGCCUCUGGGUGCUGUUCUCCAGCAGCAUGGAGCUCCUGGAGGUGGACAUGAAACGCUCUCUGGAGAUCGGGCAGGACUUCCCCCUCAAGGUGCCCACCAGGCACCUGAUCCAGACGGGCAUGACGGGCAGCACCAACGCCGUGGCCGCCCGCGCCAUGAGCGUCCAGAACAUGAAGUACGAGGCCGACAGCAACGUGGACACGGCCGACCUGGGCGAGCUGCAGACCGAGAUCACCCAGGUGAGCCAGAUGAUGGAGGAGAUGGAGAUGAAGGUGCAGGUGGCGCCGUGGGCCGUCGUGGCCAAGCAGGAGGCGGGCGCCGAGCUCAAGUCCAGCCUGAGCGUGGGGAACUCCUCCGUGGGCGUCAUCUCCAUCUGCGACGAGGAGCCCAAGGACGACGAGGGCGGAGGAGGGGGCUCCAGGGAGGGGGGCUUGGGCUUGAUCGGCGCGGUGGUGGGCUUUUUCGUCGUCGUGGCAGUGGCUCUGGUUCUGGGAUAUUUAGUGAUCAUGUCGUGAAACGCUCGAGCAGCAGGGGCCACUCAGGGAAACUCCUCCAGGACAGAGCAUCCAGCUCCACCAGAGACACACAAGAGGUCUGAAACUUGGUGUCAAAGUUAGACACGAGAGUCUCUCGGAAUCCUGAAUGUAUUCGACUGAGAUGAGGAUUUGCACUUGAUAAAAUAGCCUUUAGAACAACAUAGUGUGGUUGGGAAGAGAAUGGGCGUAGUGAUGUUUUGAUGUGUGGGGGUAGGUUGUGUAUUUUUGGAGAGUGGGGGAUAAUGAGUCCUAAAAUUACGUGACAGUGUCUGGGCAUCAGGAUGAUCCAAACAACACGUAAUCCAAGUGGAUUAGUGGGAAAAGCUCAAGCAUAAAUGUAGUCGACAGUCAGUCAGUUAUCCCUGUUGGAGUUCAGCUGACGUGAUGCUUUAGGGAGGUUUCAACCCAGAAGAGUCAGAUGUGUUGAAACAAGAGGGAGACCUUGUAGUCUGGUUUUUAGGUCCAUUGUUUAGGGCUCACUUGAUCCUUACUCACCUCACUGGUUGAAUGUGGUCGGGGCAGCACAGUUUUAAUGCAUCCUAUAGAAUCAAUACAAUCAAAAAGCCUGAGUCUCACUUAAACUCCAGCCUCACGCAUGGGAGUCUUCGGACCUACAGGAAGAGACGGUCUCGUAAACAUUGCACCUGUUCACUGUAAGCCCAUUCUUGUUGCUUUUCUUUUUUCAGGGUUUUCUCUCAGUUUUGAAUGUUAACAUUGCAACAGGAAUGAGUAAAAAAACUGGUACAUGCAGUGUCAGAGAAUGUACAGACAAUCAACUUUAUUUCUUGUAAUAAAACUCUGAAACACACUUAAAAUGGGCAUGUGUAGCUUGAAGACAGCUCAGUGUCUCUUUAUGCUGUGGACAUCCUUUAUAACUGCACCGGGCAUAAAGUAAACUCACCAUAAUUAGCUCUAUUGGUUUAUACAUCCGUCGAUUGUACUUAGAGGUAUUUUGAGCAGGAGAUUAUUCUCAGACUUUAACAACCUUAGUGUUAAAUUCAUGCUAAAGGAGAGCCACACAGAUGCUUCAGUCCACUAAUAGUUUUACUUGUAAGAGUCUUUACAGAUAUUUCUGGACGGGCACAAAGUUGGGACAGUUAUCUUGGACUUUUGGGAGCACAGUCGGAUAAUUCAAGACCAAAGCCUGAUAGUUACAUGUGGAUCUGUUUUAUUAUUUCAAAAAAAUAAAGUAAAUUUAAAGAAAUUUAGGCUGCAGUUAAACCAAUAAUCUCCUUUUUAAAGUUUUCAAACAGGUAUAGUCUAAAACUGUAACAGGUAUAGGGCAAAUAAUACCCAUUUCCUUUUUAGUCAGUGUCAUCUGGAUUUCCUAUACACAGAUAAUUAUUUUCCUGCGUAUCUAAACCUGUAUCUUUCAUUUUGUGAGCUGGUAUAAUAGGAUAUUCUCAGGUGUUUUUCAAAGAUAAUAAAAAUUAGAAGCGCCUGCACAGAUGAAGGACCCUCAGGAUGAACAGGUGCUUAAUUUAUUUGAUCUAGGGGUCAUCAUCCACAUAAGUGCAGGUUUUACUUAGCAUAAAUUCUAGACAGUAAUCUGUUGAAAUGGCACUUGGAUAUAAAGUUUAAUCAAAAGUCUGUUCAUAAAGGAGCAUAUAAUUGAUGCAAAUGACCUCAUCAGCUCCUGGGGAGGUUCUCCACUGACUGGUAAACCGACUACAGUUGGCUUUAGACGGCAGAAAACAAAAUCAAAUGAUCUAAUUUAAACAAAGUCACAAUAUUUUUGAAUAUAUGAAAUACAGCUAAACUUAAGACCAGUGAAUAUUUAUACUGCCCACAAUCUCACAAGUCAAUUUAGUUUGGAGAUCUGGAAUAAGGAUUACAGGUAUGAUCUGAGAGGGGAGCUAUUCUUAACUGUGGUUAUGAAAAGAGUUUAAGGAUGUCAAAGAGACCUAUGCAGUUCAAUUUUCAAAUGAGAAAAUUGUCUUUAAAACAAGAUUUUUACACUGUAAACUUUUUUAUUUCACUCAACGUUUUGUGAUUGUUAAAGGUUCUUAAAAUGCU